GCGGGGCUUGUGGUUUGGCAUCGAGUCGCGAGCGAGUCGCCCCUAACGCAGCCGGUCGGCCCCGUCUUUCAUUCAUCACCGGAACUGUGCAGCUCGUGCAUCAAGCCCGCGGUACCGCCUGCCAUCUAGUCUCCUCCGACCGCCGACACCAAGGACACCGCCGCCGGCCAUCAUCUCCGGCGGGGCUGCGUGGGAAAAAUGACAUGGAGCCUGCUAUCGCGCAACAGAGCGGUUUGCUUAUGUCUUUACGUCCGCAACGAUUCUACUGGCAUGAAGCACUGGAGCCAAGGAUCUUCCCAGGAGACAUGAAUGGUUUUGGUGUCCAUGUUCUCGUCACACCAGCAGGAUAAUCUACCGAAGACAUGUUAUUUCAAGAUGAAGAUCGAUACCAGCCUGACUAUGCUCCAGCUCCCAGAGGCCCUGUCCCAGGCAGGCCUCCAGUUCUCUGUGGCCACAGAGGAGGAUUUUGAUGAUAUCAUGGCCAUGAGCCAGGACAUCUAUGGUGGCCUUGAUUACCUUCCCACUCGAUACACCGACUGGCUGCAGGAGACCAACCGCACAGUCAUACUGGCUCGCAAGCAGGGAAAAGUGAUUGCUCUGGAGUCUGUCUGUGUGAUUGAUGAUGGGGAGACUAUGCUGGUGGAAGGUCUACGUGUUGCCCCUCAGGAAAGGGGAAAGGGCGUGGCAGGAGUUCUUCUUCGCUUUUGUUGCGAGCUGGUCAAGACCAAGUACCCUGAUGUCAAAGUAAGCCGCUUGACCCGUGAUGAUCAACUUGGACCCAAGGACUUCCAGAAGUAUCGUCUCAUAACCAAGCAGAGUAUUCUGUUGGUACGCUUCCGAGCAGAAGACCUCAAGCUACGUCUGUCCGAGCUGGGUCUGGGUGGAGACAUCCAAUCCUCUCUGUCUACCUCCUCCAACCUUCCUCCGGUGCGUCUUGACCCCACAGCUGUUGAACGGCUGUAUUUAACCACUGGCCUGAUGCAGGGGAUCCUUCCUAAUGCCACCAUCAUUCAAGACUGGCAGCCAUUCAAGCUUCUGCCCAGUAACAUGGGUAUCCUACUGAAGAAGGACAUUGACUGGGUGGUAGAUGAUCUGUCCAACCCUAUCGUGGCCAGUCUCUGUACCUUCCCUUUCAGAGUGCCCAUUGGAAAUGACUGGUAUUACCUGAACAUUGACAUGUUCGGUAAAGACCUGGACCUGGUUCGGCAGCAGUUCCUGUGCCACCUGCAGCGCCACACUGCCACCCUGAAGGGUCACGUGAUGUGCCAGAUGUUCCUGGACCCACCACUCUGGAAGUCCAUGGCCGAAUACUGUCGCAACACCUUGAGAGUUGAGCUGGUGAAGGAGUACACCGAGCAAUGCGUGGUGGAGUCAGACGUUGUCUAGUUUCAGAAGGUGGAGGGAAAUGAGUAGAAGAUGAAGGAGCCAGAAAGGAACGAAGACAAGGGUCUAGACAACAAGGAAUGGAUCACAGUGCAGUCAGAUUUAACAAUACAUAAACAAGUACAGGGAGUGGACAUAAAACCAUUAAAACAUCCUGUAAUCCUCUACAAUAGGUGUUGUACAAAUGUACACAUUUUUCAAAAUUAUAAUAUUCAAUCGGUGUUAGAGGUGUUGAUGCAACUUUAUGGUCAUUUUGAAUUACUAUUUUAUGUUGUAAUGCUAAAUUGUACAGAAUAUUAUGGACCCCCAAUGUGUUUAAAAAGAUGGAACUAAAUAGGAUUAUCAUCCUUUAGAAGGCGUUGAUGAGCCACUGACCGUGAGACCACACCCUCAUGCGACAAGGUGUUUUGUUAUGUAACACUGUAAACAAUAACACAAUCUCAAACUCAUACUUAAAACCAAUCUGAAAUGGGCUCCAAGAGCAGUCAGAAACAAUUCUUAUAGACCAUUGAUCAUUAGGAAAGCACUAUUAAGACUGUACAUUUUGCGUGUUAAUGUGUUUAGGACCAAAACGUUGCUUAUGUGACUCAAAUCCAGUCGAAUUCAACAUCACUACAAACUAUAGCCUCAAAAAUCACUAUAGAGUUACAUCACCACCAUAUAAGCAUAUCUUAAGUUGUAUUACAAUGAUUACAGGGUUGUGUUUAAUGUCCUCCCUCUGUAUGUCGUAUGACAAGGGAAAAUGUAACAAGAUUGAUGAGCUUGAGGAGGCUUUCUCACACCGGUAGCAGUGAUGUAACCUAAAACCUAAAAAAAACAUACAACAAGCAAAUGCUAUUCUUUAAAGAGAAAUAAUGAAGUACCCUGAGGUGAUCUCAAACCUUUCACCUCUGUUCUUUCUGUAAAUACGAACCUUCUAAAUAUGUACACAAACUUGAGUUGGGUUACUGAAUCUGCACAACUCUGAAGGCACUUUAUUAAAAUUACAGACAAGUAGUGUCAACAUCAGAAUACAAAUAAAUAGUUCAGGAUCAAAUAAGGGUAAGUUUCAGAUCCCAUCCCUUUAAUGUCGAUGGGUGCCCUUUAAUAACUAGAAUUUAUUUAGGAACAUUACCAACAAAUCUCUGCAGAAACAACAAGCAAAGCCUGUUAUUGAAAUGAAUAUGCUCAAUCACAAAAUGGCUGUCAAUUUAUCCUUAGUUAUGGUCAAGCUUAUGUCUUUUUAUUGUUUCAAAGCUUUUACUGUAUAUAUAUGUUACUAAUUUAAUUUUUUCACCUAAAUGCUGCAGUAAGAUUUUAACAGAAAUGAUUAACCUUAAUAUUAUCUUCUGUCUCUUGGGACGACAGAUGAAAAAUAGCCUUUUGGCUAACUCUGGCACAUUUACAGCAAUGUUUUAUUAAUGUGCACUGUCCACCUAUCAAAUAAACCAAUAAAUAAAUAAACUUCUGAAGCUGUAAGUAAUAUCUAGGCUUACAUUUGGAGAUUGCUAGCAUAAUGCCAAACAAAAUGCUAAUGCUUUUAAAUGUUUAACAGCCUACUGUGCAGUUUAUAAAUGGCUUCAGCUAAUGCAGAGAGAAGUACAAUGAAAAAUAACUAAGUUAAAAUUAACGGGGUUAUACAUAUAUUAUAUGUCUAAACGAUUACUAAAAUGAUCUGAUGAACAGCUUUUCACAAUGAGUAUACAAGCUAUGGCUAUGUUAGAGCAAAUUAAGCUCCAGUUUAUUGUCCAGACGUAAAUAUAAUAAUGUGGAUGAUCCCAUGGCUGAUAGGCAGUUUCCAUUAUGAUAACUGCAUAGCUGUGGGGAUGCCGGUGGUCCUCUUCUUUUUUCUAGAACAAAAUAUUGAACUAACUACUGCAUCGCCAUGAAAUGUGUUAUGGACAUCAAUGGCCCCAGUGAGAUCAAUCCUUAUGACUCUGUUAGUCUACUGACUUUUCGAAAGUUCAUAAGUUUUUAGUUUAAUUUAGCUUAACUUAUUCAUGUUUGCCUCAGAGUCAUUUUUAUUGACUUUGGUGAUCCUCUUACUUUUUCUUUAGCUCUAUCAUCAAGUCUACAUUUCCAUUUGUCCAAUUCUUUUAGUUUAUGGUCAAACACCUGCGAACAUUCUCAUCUGCCUUACUUUUAUUUUGUCAAUGCUAAUCCUGCAUGCGAAUAUGCUAACGUAAGAUGGCAAUAACGGUAAACAUUUAACUUAGAAAUACAUUUUUUUUAUUUUUACAUUGAUACAUUAGCGUUACGCUCGAAGAUUGGCUGUUUAAACUAAAGCCUCACAAAGCUGCUUGCACCAUCAGACAUGCAAUUGAUACUUAUUGUGUGGUUUUAUUUGCAGCCAAUCAGCUGGCAGCUCACACGGCUAACACUGCCGACAACGGCAAAAGUGCCGACAGAGCUAACGUUAACAUUAGAGCUAACAGUAACCAGGGGAGUAGAGCCACCUUGGCUCGGGGAACACCAUUAUCAGCGGUAACUGCUGUAUGAGCGCUGUACGGGCCUUAAAAUGUCUUUUUUGAGUUUUCUUUGGGCAUUAAUUGCUUAUUUGGCAUUAAAAUGGCACCAUAUUGAGCACACUCCCUUUAAAGGUCACUGUAGAGGGUGUUACACAGGACUAAACAUUAGUUUGAGCUAGAACAAAAUAUCUUGUUGGAAAAAUUCUCAGUUUGUACAAAGCUUUUUAACCUCGCCUUUGCCUUGACCAGCUUGUAUCUUGACUUUAAACCCAUCUUCUUUGGGUAUGCAAUUUUUUAAGUGUGAGGUUGACAAUUUUCAGAAGAAAGGUAAAUAACUAGUCUAAUUCUUCAAAAGUUUAACAAAAGGCAACUGAAUGAUUAAACAGAUUCAAUCUUUUAGAAUAGUUAAUAUUUAGGAAGGACCUUAGAGUGUUCAUAAUCCUCUGAAUAUUUCACGCUGCAAGACAAAAUAGGAUGGCAACUAUCUCUUUACCCUAUUUUGUAACCAAAGAAAGUCACCACUCAUUUAAACUGAAGCCCUAUAAUUUGCUGCCAGGAGUAAAGAGGAGAUACAGAUUAGAAGGCAUAGGGUGUAAUUAUUUUUAGAGCUAGUUUUUCAUGAUCGCAGAAUAUUUUUUGCCUCUUGGAAUCAUUAUUUCGAGCAUAACCCAAACUCUGUUCUCAUGGUUCUGAUUUGGAUUUAAUUUUUGUAAUCAAGGGUCGCCACAAACAUUUAAUUAUUAAUGUCUUUUUAGCAGGGUUUACCUACUUAGGCACCCUGGGUUUAAUACUUGCAGCUGAGCCCAUACCAGCCCAGUUCCUUCCACUAUACUUGACCAAGCCAAGGCCUCAGUUUUGUUGUGGCAGUUUGACUAACCACACAUGUAAUCUCAGGCUCCACAAUACCAGCUAAAAGUAAAAAGGUCUAUAACUGGAUUUUAAGGGUCCCACUUCAUGAGGCCUCAAAAUUAGAUCAUUAAAUUGUAGUAUUUAGCUGUCAGUUGAUAUUCUGUUUGAUUGCUCAAAUUCUGGAGUUAUCCAAAAAAGAUGGAAUUACUUUAUUACUACUGUAGAGUGUGGUCAUUAAUAAUUCUCUCCUAUAAGGUCCCUGAUACUGUUACUAGUGAUAAAGACAUUUUACUAGUGGUAGGAAACAGUUCACAAUAUAGUGACAUAGUGACACAAUAUAGUGACGUUGUGUCUGCUGAUGGAUCAUUACUAUUUACCCAUCCGCCCCGGUUGCAUUGACAGCUGGCUAAGCAAGGUUAGCCAAACUUGCUUCCAUUAGCAACAUCUCCCCGAUAAUCCUAAAGCAUUCACCUGUCUGAUGGUAUAUGCAUUCCCAUCAGUAUUUUCUUUGUGUGACCUGGAGUCUCCUCCUGGUUGGAAAUGCCCGGACCAUGACAGUCUGGUGCAGUGUUAACAUCCCAGUUGAUGCAGUACUGAUUUUUCUGUGGAUCUUGAGUUCCAUCUCUUCAGUCCUUAAGCAAGUCAAGAUAGCAUUAUAGAUCAACCUUUGAAACCAGUGCUUAACUUUCAGGUUCAUGUCCGUCUUCACCAAGACAAGGACACACUAAGUCCACCUCACUUUGAAAACAAUACUCCAAGCCACUCGAUUCUCUCUUUUCUUGUUGACAGCUCAUUACUCCCAACCCAGAGGGAGCAAUCAGUCAUUUUGCAGUAGAAUACCAAGACUUAAUGUGCAGUUGGUAAUCGUAGUGGAAUUGCCACAUAGGAAUUUCCCCCAUUUCCCUUUUAAAUGAUCAUGAGAAGUUAGUUUGCUAGGUUUUGUUAAUUUUGUUGUCAUGAAAAAACUAAGCUUGUUUAUCUCAAUCUGUUUCUUGUAAUUUCAAGAAACAAAACAACAAUCAUCUUUAACCAUGUUCAUCACUGCCUUCUGUAUGAAAAGAUGUUCUUAUGAGACCCUCUCCCAACCCAAACACUUUUAAUGUUAUUGCCUUUUGAAUUAUUUUUAUUUCCUGGAGAUUUACUCUCGCCCCAACCACAAUAUCUAGCAGCUUAAUCCCAACCCUUAAUAAAGCCUAAACUUAAACCAAGUCCUCACCCUCACGUGUAACAAUUUAUGUUACGUGGGCAUGCAUUUUCUCCUCAUGAGGAUGCACUACUAGUUGGUAUAGUUAACGCUAACCAGCUGAGUUAUCUUUGAAACAAACCCCGUACAAUUAGCUAGAUACUUUCCUCACAUUCGAAGACACAGUUAAGUUUCACAAAACCCCUAACCCGAACACAACUUUUCCUUCAGUUUUCCUUCAACACAUUAUAAUAAAUAUACUCAUUAAAUUAUAUUUUGUUGUCUUAUCCUAAUAAAAUGUGAUACAUGUAAAUACUGUAACUUUUGCUGGAAAGCCAUUGGAGCUAAUGAGAUGCCAGAAGGAAGAAAACGUUAAAAUGUAAAUGGCCAGAAAGCAUAUGAUGGCCUCAUUCCAGGAAACAAACGGUGGUCAGUCAGGAUUUUGUCUCCGAGAACAUGUCGACCCGAUCAAUGAUCACCUCAUUUUUUAUAUAAAUAAAAGUUUCUAUUUUCAAUGUUCACCCAUGCUGCCACUUCACACUUUGAGUACUAUUACAGCAUGUGUUGCUCUCUUAAGUCCUGCUAUUAUCAGCCUCACAGCAGACAAAAGACACAUCUGCUAUUUGUCCACUAAUCUAGUAAAUGGCUCAGCUAUUUCUGGCCUUUUUCUUUGUAAUUUAUUGAGUCGGGGGAGAGUGGUCAUUGUUUCUAGGCUUUCUUCCCCAUCAACAAAUCGACAAUGCCUUGUAAAGCUUUUAUCCAUUUAAAGGCCUCAGUAUACUUCAAAGAAAGUAGGUUGUACUAGAAAAGUGUUUAUAGCUGUUAACAAUGGCGACACCUGAAGGCGGGGCCAAAAAGCCUGCAUCAUAGCAUCUCUUUUCAAUUAAUCUGUCUUUUGUGUGUUUUUGUAAAUGGGAUGUAAUGACUCACAUAAAUAGCGAUACGUUUAACGUCCCUCCUGGUCUCAACAUCAGAAAAGGGCUUUCAGACGCUUAAAAAAGUCAUUUCUUUAAAGCAUACCGAGGCUUUUAAGUUCAGUUGAAUUGUAAAUCCAUGAAAUAUUUUGUGUACCGACACACUUCUUUUUACCCCCUAGUUGCUAGGGUCAUGGCAAUCUUAAUAAAUUGGCCUGGUCAGUUUCAAUUUGUGCUGCCAUUUUGAUUUUUGUCAUUUUUUAAUUCUAGUACACAAGAUAGAUCUAUUGCUGUUCUCCUUUUGCAGGAGUUGACUCACUCUUCAUCACAUGUGAAAGAAAGCAUCUUUUGGAUGCUUUUAUUAUCAGUUUUUUGACAUUCCAAACUAUUUUAAAUGAAUCUGGCAGAGACUCUGCGUUUUGUUUUUGUGUUUCUUUGCCUUAUUAAUAAUCCAAAUUGUUAACUGUCAUCUAUAAAUCCUCAAUGCACAUGCAUUACCAUACCAUAAUUCCCUCUUAACACCAGAGCCAAAGGUAAUGAGACUCCUUCAAACUUCCGAGGUCUUCGUCUUGAAGUCCUUCACUUAUUGAAAACGUUUUUGCCACAGACUUCUGCAGAUUGUGAUUAAUCCAACAGAUGUGGUUUGAUGAAUUUCAGUGAUCGUCUUUUUUAACUAUUUGAACUCACACAAAAGUUUUUGGGAGAACUGUGGUGAAUUAUUAGUACUCGGAUGCACUUCUGCUUACCCUCCAGAGUUUGUAAUUAGACUUUCCAUAACUUUCGUGUGGUUGUCUUUGACUGAGCAACGCUUAGGCCAACAGGGGUCUUGGAUUAACGCUUUUAAAGUUCUUUUCUAAAUUUAAACAUUUAAACUCAUAGUUUUAUUAUUUUUUUAUAAUAAUUAAGGAAUUUAUUUAGUCAAUUUAAUUUACCUUUCUAAAGGGCAGUUUUGUCUAACAUAUUCAAGCUACAAGAAUGAAAAAAACUUUAGGUAUUUAUUUGUCAGCAUGAAAUAUUCCGUAUUUUGAAAUAGCAGUUAUUCAGUUUUUUUCUGGUGCUGCAUAAUAUUAAAUCAAUUUAUUUGCAAUCUGAUUAGACUUAAUGUUUGUUAAAAGAUGAAGGCUGAAACACACUUCACUGGGGUUUGAUUGUUAUGUCUUUUAGACUCCUUUGUGGUACAUUAACGUGGUUUAUCUUUCCAUUUUUAGAGGCAGUGGUGCUCCCCUUUCUGCUUAGAGCUACCGAAAUGAUUGGGGUUUGAUUAUAAUUAGGCACGUAAACGUCAUGGUUAGGGUCAAAAUAUUAUGGUUGUGUUAAAAACACGUACUUUGUCAAUGUACGGGAACUUUUUUAAACAAAAAGAAAAUUUGUAAGGGAAUGGGAAACAAAUAUGCUGUCACUAGUAUGCCAACCUCCACACAUCCAGGUUUCACAAACUGUACAAUACCAAUGAUCAAAGCUACCGCUGCAAUUGUUCCCAAGUGAAGUCAUAAUUUAUAUGUUUUAUUCAGCAUUUGAACAAUUCACUUAGCCUUUUUAUGGGAGGACAGUCUUAACUGUUUUAUUACUGCUUUAUAAAGCAUAUAAACAUGAUUCAUUUAUCAUUAACCAAAUCAUUAGUGACAACUUAUAACACUGGCCUCCAUGGUUAGAUAGGGUACCAUUUAUGAGUGCAUUAUUUAUGCUACCAUAGAGCUAACAGGGGUACACAUCACCAGCACGUACAAUUCUAAAAACAGUGUAUGUAUUUGAUUAUGAGGAAAAUAAGGUAAGGAAAAAGGCUUCAACAUCUCGCUUACAGACCCCAGUAGUGCCACCCAAUUCCAUUAAUCAGGGAAAAUACCUUGUGUUUUCACAUUUUGAGAGUACUGGAUGCAUAUGCUUACAUAUUUUGACAAUAUAGUGCACAAUGAUACAAUAUGUUCAGUCAAUACACUGGAUUUCUUAUGCAUAAUUUUUCUUCACUGGAUGUGGAGGAUCUCGGAAGCUCAAAUAAGUGCCAAUUUUCAUGACUGCUAAACUUCCAUGUUUAUUAAUUGGCUCACUAAUAUUUACAAAAAAGAGCAUUUAAUUUGCAACACAAGUUUUAGUUGAAAGGUUGGGUUAAAUGUUUGUUUUUUGUAGCCCCAUAGUACACAAACCAAAAUGCAAAGCUAAUCUAACCAGUAGUUGAAUUUGACGCUGAGUUUAAUUAUAGAUUUUUUGGGGGUUGCUUAUAGUACUUUGCUUUAAAAAAGGUAUCAUCAUUGUAUACGUUGUAUACAAGUGUAUAAAAUGCUAACACAUUGUGCUGCAGACCCUAUAGGUAUUAUAGGGUCAAGCGUUAUAAUAUAUGUUUUAUUACUAACUGUACAAGCCAUUGAGUUAGUGGUUAAAGCAGCAUGCACUUUAGUUGUCUUUGGCAAUAAUAAACAUAGCUCACCAUUUCCUGUAAAGUAGCAUUGAGUUCAGUGAAAAACCCAUGUUCUUGUUGCAAAUGUUGAUGUCCAGAAACAAUCAUCCAGUGCCAUGUGAGAUAAGCCUCAUGACAGAUAUUCUCUGUUGGUUUGAAAAUGUUUCACCAAAGCUGAACCAUUUGACAAAGGACAUGUUUGUACAUCAGUAUACCAUUGAAAAUAAGAUAUAUUUUAACAACUGUAAUUACACAAUAAGAGGUUGGAAUGGCUGUGUUCUGAGGGAGUAAUGUGGGCUUGGUUUAGAUUAGCCAAGAGAUGAAGAAAAAAAAGUACAUUUAGUGUCCUAGUUUUUAAGUACUUCACUUUACGUGAGUAAUUCCAUUUAGUGAGACUUUUACAUUGCAGAUGACAAAUUGUCUUUUUUUCUCUACUACAUUUACUUGACAGGUGUAGUAACAAGUUACUUUAAAGACUAACAUUGUUACAAGCAAAAUAUUAAGAAGAUGCACUGCUAGAGAUUAAACUAGCUAGUGUGAUGAUAGAAAUGUUUAGGCUUCAAAUAUUUUAUUUUAAUAUGCACCUGGUGAUGCAAAUCUUUAUCUCUGUACAUUUAAUCUUUCUCUGUGCUUUAUUUGUAGUGAUUGCUUUAUCAUGGCUUGAUUGGUAAUGCCUUGGACCUCCAAAAGGGGGAACAUGAACAAACCUUCCUUAUUUGUUGUAUUUUAAGUAAAGACAAGUGAAGCGUC